AUGAUUAUACACAGAGAUGAUCUAGUUGAUAUCAAUAAAAUGUGUGCAGGCACAGAAAAUAAACUGAGCUCUCUCUCAGACCUGGAGCAGCAGUACCGAGCCUUGCGCAAGUACUAUGAAAACUGUGAGGUGGUCAUGGGCAACCUGGAGAUAACAAGCAUUGAGCACAACCGGGACCUGUCCUUCCUGCGGUCUAUUCGAGAAGUCACAGGCUAUGUAUUAGUGGCUCUGAACCAGUUCCGUUACCUGCCUCUGGAGAAUUUGCGCAUUAUUCGUGGGACAAAACUUUAUGAGGAUCGAUAUGCUUUGGCAAUAUUUCUAAACUACAGAAAAGAUGGAAACUUUGGACUUCAGGAACUUGGAUUAAAGAACUUGACAGAAAUCCUGAAUGGUGGUGUCUAUGUGGACCAGAACAAAUUCCUUUGUUAUGCAGACACAAUUCAUUGGCAAGACAUUGUUCGGAAUCCAUGGCCUUCAAAUUUGACUCUGGUAUCAACAAAUGGUAGCUCAGGAUGUGGGCGUUGCCAUAAGUCCUGUACUGGCCGAUGCUGGGGACCUACAGAAAAUCAUUGCCAGACUUUGACAAGGACAGUGUGUGCGGAACAAUGUGAUGGCAGGUGCUACGGGCCCUACGUCAGUGACUGCUGUCAUCGAGAAUGUGCAGGGGGCUGCUCAGGACCUAAGGACACCGAUUGCUUUGCCUGCAUGAAUUUCAAUGACAGUGGAGCAUGUGUUACUCAGUGUCCCCAAACCUUUGUCUACAAUCCAACCACUUUUCAGUUGGAGCACAACUUCAAUGCGAAAUACACCUAUGGCGCAUUCUGUGUCAAGAAAUGCCCACAUAAUUUUGUGGUAGAUUCCAGUUCUUGUGUACGUGCCUGCCCUAGUUCCAAGAUGGAAGUAGAAGAAAAUGGAAUUAAGAUGUGCAAACCUUGUACUGACAUUUGCCCAAAAGCUUGUGAUGGUAUUGGCACGGGAUCGUUGAUGUCAGCCCAGACUGUGGAUUCCAGUAACAUUGACAAAUUCAUAAACUGCACCAAGAUCAAUGGGAAUUUGAUUUUCCUUGUCACUGGUAUUCAUGGGGAUCCUUACAAUGCAAUUGAAGCUAUAGACCCAGAGAAACUGAAUGUCUUUCGGACAGUCAGAGAGAUAACAGGUUUCUUGAACAUACAAUCUUGGCCCCCAAACAUGACUGACUUCAGUGUUUUUUCCAACUUGGUCACCAUUGGUGGAAGAGUACUCUAUAGUGGCCUCUCCUUGCUUAUCCUCAAGCAACAAGGCAUCACCUCUCUGCAGUUCCAGUCUCUAAAGGAAAUCAGUGCAGGAAACAUCUAUAUCACUGACAACAGCAACCUGUGUUACUAUCAUACCAUUAACUGGACAACGCUCUUCAGCACCAUCAACCAACGAAUAGUGAUCCGGGACAAUAGGAAAGCUGAAAAUUGUACUGCUGAAGGAAUGGUGUGCAACCAUCUGUGUUCAAAUGAUGGCUGCUGGGGACCUGGGCCGGACCAGUGCUUGUCAUGCCGCCGCUUUAGCAGAGGAAGGAUCUGCAUUGAGUCUUGUAACCUCUAUGAUGGCGAAUUUCGGGAGUUUGAGAAUGGCUCCAUCUGUGUGGAGUGUGACCCCCAAUGUGAGAAGAUGGAAGAUGGCCUCCUUACAUGCCAUGGACCGGGACCUGACAACUGUACAAAGUGCUCUCAUUUUAAGGAUGGCCCAAACUGUGUGGAAAAAUGUCCAGAUGGCAUACAGGGGGCAAACAGUUUCAUUUUCAAGUAUGCAGAUCAGGAUCGGGAGUGCCAUCCAUGCCACCCCAACUGCACCCAAGGGUGCAUAGGCUCAAGUAUUGAAGACUGCAUCGGCCUCAUGGAUAGAACUCCCCUGAUUGCAGCUGGAGUCAUUGGUGGGCUUUUUAUCCUGGUCAUUGUGGGUCUGACAUUUGCAGUGUAUGUUAGAAGGAAGAGCAUCAAAAAGAAGAGAGCCUUGAGAAGAUUCCUGGAAACAGAGUUGGUGGAGCCCUUGACUCCCAGUGGCACAGCACCUAAUCAAGCUCAACUUCGGAUUCUGAAAGAAACUGAGCUCAAGAGGGUGAAAGUCCUUGGCUCUGGUGCUUUUGGAACCGUUUAUAAAGGUAUUUGGGUACCUGAAGGAGAAACAGUAAAGAUCCCUGUGGCUAUCAAGAUUCUCAAUGAGACAACUGGUCCCAAGGCCAAUGUGGAGUUCAUGGAUGAAGCUCUGAUAAUGGCAAGUAUGGACCAUCCACACCUAGUCCGGUUACUGGGUGUGUGUCUGAGCCCAACCAUCCAGCUGGUUACCCAACUUAUGCCCCAUGGCUGCCUAUUGGAUUAUGUUCAUGAACACAAGGACAACAUUGGCUCACAGCUGCUGCUUAACUGGUGUGUACAGAUAGCUAAGGGAAUGAUGUACCUGGAAGAAAGACGGCUUGUUCAUCGGGAUUUGGCAGCCCGUAAUGUUUUAGUAAAAUCUCCAAACCAUGUGAAAAUCACAGAUUUUGGACUGGCCAGACUCUUGGAAGGAGAUGAAAAAGAGUAUAAUGCUGAUGGAGGAAAGAUGCCAAUCAAAUGGAUGGCUUUGGAGUGUAUACAUUAUAGGAAAUUCACCCACCAGAGUGACGUUUGGAGCUAUGGAGUAACUAUAUGGGAACUGAUGACCUUUGGAGGAAAACCCUAUGAUGGAAUUCCAACCCGAGAAAUUCCUGAUUUAUUAGAGAAAGGAGAACGUUUGCCUCAGCCUCCCAUCUGCACUAUCGAUGUUUACAUGGUCAUGGUCAAAUGUUGGAUGAUUGAUGCUGACAGUAGACCUAAAUUCAAGGAACUGGCUGCUGAAUUUUCAAGGAUGGCCCGAGACCCUCAAAGAUAUCUUGUUAUUCAGGGAGAUGAUCGCAUGAAGCUUCCCAGUCCAAAUGACAGCAAGUUCUUUCAGAACCUCUUGGAUGAAGAAGACUUGGAAGAUAUGAUGGAUGCUGAGGAAUAUCUGGUCCCUCAGGCUUUCAACAUCCCACCUCCCAUCUAUACUUCCAGAGCAAGAAUUGACUCAAAUAGGAGUGAAAUUGGACACAGCCCUCCUCCUGCCUACACCCCUAUGUCAGGAAACCAGUUUGUGUACCGAGAUGGGGGUUUCACUGCAGAACAAGGAGUUUCUGUGCCCUAUAGAGCCACGACCAGCACAAUCCCAGAAGCUCCAGUUGCUCAGGGUGCCACAGCUGAAAUUUUUGACGAUUCCUGUUGUAACGGCACCCUACGCAAGCCGGUGGCACCCCAUAUCCAAGAGGACAGCAGCACCCAGAGGUACAGUGCUGACCCCACUGUGUUUGCCCCAGAACGGAGCCCACGAGGAGAACUGGAUGAAGAAGGUUACAUGACUCCUAUGAGAGACAAACCCAAACAAGAAUACCUGAAUCCUGUGGAAGAGAAUCCUUUUGUUUCUCGAAGAAAAAAUGGAGACCUUCAAGCUUUGGAUAAUCCUGAGUAUCACAAGGCUUCUAGUGGUCCACCCAAGGCAGAGGAUGAGUAUGUGAAUGAGCCAUUGUACCUCAACACAUUUGCCAACGCCUUGGGGAAUGCUGAGUACCUGAAGAACAACGUACUGUCUGUGCCAGAGAAGGCCAAGAAAGCAUUUGACAACCCUGACUACUGGAACCACAGCCUGCCGCCUCGGAGCACCCUUCAGCACCCAGACUACCUGCAGGAGUACAGCACAAAAUAUUUUUAUAAACAGAAUGGACGGAUCCGGCCCAUUGUGGCAGAGAAUCCUGAAUACCUCUCUGAGUUCUCACUGAAGCCAGGCACUGUGCUGCCUCCUCCACCCUACAGACACCGGAAUACUGUGGUAUAA